AUGGUUUCUACUCCAAAAAUAACCAACAAAAAAGCUACAUCCAACAUAGAUCAAAACAAGUUUACCUUUGGCGAAGAUUCUAAGAUGAACAUGAUGUCUAAUACAUUUUGCCAAUACAUGGAUGCCAUGUCGUACGAGCCGACCUCAAUGAAAUCCGGGGGUGCCAACGACGCUACACUGUUCGGUAAAUGGUUAUCCGAUGAUCUCGAACAUUUUCUCUCAGAAGGCGAGGAUAAUUUAAAAUUUCCUGAGACUCCAUCCAUGAGUUAUGAUGUUUCGCCAGUCAUGAGUUCGUCUAUGACCACUCCUUCUAUGGUCUUCGAUAAUAUUUCUACUCCUCAGGCAUUAGCCGAUUCCCCUCUAUUCGGAUCAAUACCUACAUCUUUCUCGACUAGCCCACUUCUCGAACCAGCUUUGGGAUUUUUCCCCGAACUUAUUGGUGAAAAUGAGGCCAAGUCUUUUAUGCAUUUGACCUCUAUUGCGCCUUCUGUUGCAAUUCCGGCUGACGAUCAUUCUAUGCCUAUCCGCCAACCUGAUUUAACUUCUGCCCUGAACAUCCCUUGGGGUUCUGAUGUCAACAACGCAUCUAGCAUUAUUGGCGAUGAAACCGCUUCAAUUGUCACUUUGAUAAACAGUGCAACGAAUAUUCCAAACAAUCUUACGACCAAUACCAAAGCGGGAUCCGAUCAUUCUUCUGCCGUUUUGAGUACUAGUGAUACCAACACGAUACCUACUUCCGCGAAAAAUACUGUUGGCCGUACUCGAAAGCGUUCUUUGGUAGAAACGGAGAAAGAUUCAGAAACCCAUGCCGAAGAGUUGGCUAUUAAGCGCGCGAAAAACACAGAUGCUGCCCGAAGGAGUCGUCUUCGAAAGGUGAUGAAAAUGGAGUCAUUGGAAAGGCAAGUUUCUGAUUUCAAAGAUGAAAAUAAUGACCUACAAACUCGUAUCGCCGUAUUAGAAAGUGAGAAAAAAGGCUUGGAAGAGAAGAAUGUUGAGAAGGACAACAGAAUCCGAAUGUUGGAACAACAAUUAGCCGAGGCUCACGAAAGACUGAUAACUCGUUCUUCAUAA